AUGGCAGUACAAGAAAAGGACUUCCUCCAAUGGCCUAAGCCGAUGAAAGCCGACGCUAGCCAGAGGGACCCUGACAAGUAUUGCCAAUACCACCGGACCCAUGGCCAUGAUACCAACAACUGCUACAAACUAAUCAGCGAGAUAGAUAGGCUAAUAAAGAGGGGGCAUCUCCCGAACUUUGUGAAGAAACCAGAGGGAGAGAGGUCCCAACAGAACGCCACACCGGAGAGACCCUGUAGACAAGGAGCAGGGCCUGUGAAUGACGGCUCUAGAGGAACCAUAAAUAUGAUUGUAGGAGAGACUAAAGCCCGGAUGAGCAGGAGAGGGAGGAAGAGAAGCCGAAGUGGGGAGGGGCACAACAGGGAGAUCUUGCAAGUAGUAGAACACUCCCCAGUGACCAUCUCCUUCUCCUCGGAGGAUGCUCACGGGAUUAAGAUGCCCCACGACGAUGCUCUUAUCAUCGAGGCCAUCAUUCAUAACUACCGGAUCCGCAAGAUCCGGGUCGAUGAUGGGAGUAAGGUGAACCUGCUACCCUAUAGGGUUUUUCAGCAGAUGAGGAUACUAGAAGAGCAGUUGGUAAGGGAUCAGGCCCCAGUCAAGGGCAUUGGGGGAGUCCUAGUGGCCAUAGAAGGGAAGGUGAAGGUGGCCCUAAUCUUGGGAGAACCACCCUUGUCUUAG